UUAAGCUGGUUCUCAAUGCUCUGUGUCUCCCAGGAACUGCUGGACAAAUAUCUCAUCAACAACUGCCGACUCUGCCAACGCAGAAAGCAGGUGUUCUACCUGAAGAUGAAGGGCGACUACUUCAGAUACCUGGCCGAGGUCGAGUCUGAAGACGCAAAGCAAGAGACGAUAAGCCAGUCCCAGGCAGCCUACCAGAGUGCGUUGGACAUCAGCACUAAGGAAAUGACGUCCACCCACCCCAUCCGGCUGGGCCUGGCCCUCAACUUCUCCGUCUUCUAUUACGAGAUCCUCAACGCCCCAGACAAGGCCUGCACCCUGGCCAAAAAGGCGUUUGACGAUGCCAUCACGGAGCUGGACAGCCUGGCCGAGGACACCUAUAAGGACAGCACCCUGAUCAUGCAACUCCUCCGAGACAACCUGACGCUAUGGACGGCUGACAACACUGACAACACGGCAGAAGAGGGUGAGCCGGCGAGGGAGAGAACUAAAGCACCCCCUAGCGGUCUCCGUGGAGAACUACAAGAGAAAAAUCUUUUUACACUUCUUCAUUCCUUAUUGUUCCACUUGACAUGAUAAUGGUUCCAAAUGUCAGUUGUAGACACCGGCCUCUGCAUCUUCAAAUUUAAAAGAUUUAUAUUCUGGAA